AUGGACGAAAAAAAACACACGAAUCAUCAAAGAGUAGCAGAAAAACACUCGACUGUCCUUAAUAUAGAGGAUACAGGUAGUGAACGUUCGUGCACGUCGCAUCGUGAUCGAUUUUUAAGUGAUGCAGAACGUCUUGUAGCUACGGAUCCAUUAAAGACUCGAGAAUCGUUUCUUCAAAUUGAUCACCAAAAGGAUCAAUGGGCCUGGCAUGAGAAAUCAGUACCGACGAUACUCAAGGAAUUGAACGUGGAUACGAAUUCGGGUCUUGACACUGCCAUUGCUCAUAAACGGCUGGAACUAAAUGGUCUGAAUUCAUUGAAUGCAGACAAAAAGAUUCCUAUCUACAUUCUCUUUUUAUUGCAGUUUACCAAUGUUAUCAUUGGUCUACUUAUGGCUGCAGCAAUUGCUUCCAUUGCUCUCCAAGAAUACGUAGAAGGUCUAGCUAUCAUUGCUAUUGUGACACUAAAUGCAGUGAUAGCUACGAUCCAAGAGUAUAAUGCUAAUAAUGCUCUUGAAGCGUUACAGAAGAUGACAUCUCCACAAUGCGUGGUACUACGUGACGGUGGCCGUCACGUGCAAAUCCCCAGCGAACAACUUGUCACGGGUGAUAUCGUCGUAUUGACUACAGGUGACGUUGUACCUGCUGAUAUUCGCCUUAUCCUGAGCUCCGAUUUCAAAGUCAAUGAAAUGAUAUUGACUGGAGAAUCUGAGGAUGUGCUCAAGAAGUAUGACGCAGAUAUGAGCCGUAGCGAGAAGCUGACAGCAGACAACAUGGUGUUCACUUCAACACUAGUUGCGACUGGAAACGCUGUUGGUGUUGUUGUGGAGACAGGCAUGUCUACACGCGUCGGAUCCAUUGCAAUGUUACUGAAGGGAAGGAGCAGUGGCGUUGAUGGCUCGAAGCGUCUUAACUGCUGGCGCAGAUUUAUUGACAAAUACUACCCGAAGAUGACUCCCCUGCAGCAAAGUCUACACAACCUCGGUGUCUUCAUGGGAACCAUUGUACUGGGUAUCUGCGUAAUUGUCUUUAUCGUUGGAAUGGUGCGUGGCAACGCAGACCCCGAGAACCUCGAUCGCGCUGUCUGGCUUAACGUAGUGAUGAUUGCGGUAUCGCUAGCUGUUAGUGCUGUGCCUGAGGGUUUACCGAUGGUAGUCACUAUUUGCUUGUCCACCGGUACGGCCGACAUGGUGGAAAAGAACGUCCUCGUUCGAAAACUUGCUGCGGUCGAAUCGCUUGGUGCUAGCUCAGUCAUUUGCACUGACAAGACUGGCACUUUGACGGAAGGAAAAAUGACGGCGGUGAAAAUGUGGAGUGACUCGGUCGUGUAUGAUAUCACCGGUACGGGUUUUACUCCUUCCGGCGACAUUCUUUGCGAUAGUGUUAGCCAGAUCCAGGAGCCAUCAAUAUCAAUUCCAGUGUUUACGACGUUGUUGUCAGCGGUGCUAUGUAGUAACACGAGCUUGCAGAAAGAGGAGAGCGAUAGUGGCAACCCAAUUUGGGUCCCAAUGGGUAAUUCCUCUGAAGCCCCGCUUGUUGUGGCAGCUGCCAAAGCAGGAAUCUGGCGCGAUGAAGUUAUGAAAAUGUACCCUCGACUGACGGAGGUGCCGUUCUCAUCUACGAGAAAGAUGAUGAUCACCGUCAAUGAACUUCCGGCUGGAGAGCCGCGUUUGGGCUUGCUGCAAUUUCCACCCAAGACAAUGAUGAUUGCGAACGUGAAGGGAGCCCCAAAUUAUAUUGCCAAAAACUGUACUCACAUGCUACGUCAAGACGGAUCGAUUGCGACCAUGCACGAACGUGAUCGCGAUAACAUCUUGGAGGCUGUGGAUGCGCUAUCGUCUCAAGCACUCCGUGUUCUUGCUGUCGCUAUUCGUCCAUUGGAGAGAAUGCCAUUUUCGAGUGAUGAAGAAGAUGUGGAGGUGAAGUUUGAGGCUCUAUGUGAACCUCUUAUCUUUGUUGGCCUCGUUGCCUCCAUCGAUCCUCCUCGAGCUGGGGUGGCGCAGGCUAUUCACACUGCUCGCCAAGCAUCCAUUCGAACUGUAAUGAUCACUGGAGACUAUCUGAAGACGGCAAUCGCUAUUGCUUGCGAUAUAAACCUACUACCAUCAGGUGCUGACGUUGAAGUGCAAGCUGUAGAUUGCGGUGUGCUACGUCCGCAUCAGAGCAUGUAUUUACCCGAUGCAGAGCUAGAUGAAAUUACGAGUCAGGUGUCAGUGUUUGCUCGCGCAAAACCUGAAGACAAGAUUGAGAUCGUCAAGUCUUUGCAGCGCCAAGGUCACGUAGUAGCGAUGACUGGUGACGGUGUCAACGACGCGCCCGCGUUGAAGGAAGCCGACAUUGGUGUAGCAAUGGGAAUUACUGGUACAGCUGUUGCCAAGGGUGCUUCAGAUAUGAUCCUGAUGGAUGAUAAUUUCUGUAGCAUUGUAUCCGCCGUCGAAAAGGGCCGCGAGAUUUAUAGCAACAUCCAACGUUUCGUGUGUUUUCUGCUGUCGACUAACUUUGGUGAGAUUGCUCUCAUUUUUACGGCUAUUGCCGCAGGCAUGCCCAACCCUCUGGAACCUUUGCAAAUUCUGGUGCUCAAUCUUUUUGCUGACGGUAUGGCUGCUGUGGCUCUCAGUCUUGAGAAGGGUGAUGAUACUGUAAUGUCGGAGCGUCCGCGUCCCCGUUCAGAGCGCAUCAUUUUUGGUCGUCUCUGGGUUAUCGUGCUAUCGAAUGCUUUGUUGAUUGCAAUUGGCGCACUGAUAGUCUUCACGUGCGGACUCUACUGGAAUUUUGAGAAUGUUUUGUUCGAUGACAUCGUCGCUGGUGUUGAUACUGACAAAGGUGCAGAGGCUUACAGGAACGUGAUGUGUUCUCGCUGGAUGGGGCUGGGCAAUCCGCGGCAGGUAUACAGUAAUUGCGGGGCACGGGAUCUAAACGGCACUUAUUUCUUUGCUGAAAGCAUCCGUGCUUUAAACUACUAUGAGAGCGACGAGUUGCUGUGCUACGGCGGGAACUACGAGUGCGUGUCGGACGGCACCUCGCGCGCGCAAACAAUGGCGUUCGUCUACAUCACGACCAUGGAAAUGCUUCGUGCCUAUACAGCACGCAGCUUCACGAAGUCGGUUUUCAAGGACAUGUUCAGUAACAAGUGGAUGCAGAUGGCCGCUGUGGGCUCGCUGGUGCUGACCCUCUCUGUCACGAACAUUCCCGUCAUCAACGAUGAUAUCUUUGGCUUUGCACACAUUGAAUGGUACGAGUGGAUGUUCUCGAUGGUCUUUGCCCUAGUCAUGGUGGCUUUUGGUGAAACACUAAAGGGUGCGUACCGUCAUCGUGACCGCGCAAAGCUUCACAAUGCCGCGGUAGAGCGCGCGGGUAUGGUCAAUGAACUCCGUUCCUUGCGACACCAUACCGAACCGUUUGAAAGUAAAUGGGACUCCGAGAUGAACCCGCUCCGCAUUUGCGUUGGCAACAAUCCUGUCUUUCCUUCUCCCAAUGGCAAUUCAACGCUCAUGUCUUCAUUUGGCUCCAGUGAAGAGAGGUCAAUGCCGGGUAAGUAA